GGAAGAUGGAAGGAGAGACAGACUGUGAGCUGUGAGGGCACCUGAAUGGGGAGAGGUCACUCACAACCAAAUGUGCAAGGAGGGCUUCCUGAAGGCAGUGGCAUUUAGACUAUGGCAUAAAGGAUCGCCAGAUGGCCCGGCCGCUGUCCACCCCCAGCCCUUCACAAAUGCAAGCCAGGAAGAAACGCAGAGGGAUCAUAGAGAAACGGCGCCGGGACCGCAUCAACAGCAGCCUUUCUGAACUGCGGCGCUUGGUCCCCACUGCCUUUGAGAAGCAGGGCUCCUCCAAGCUGGAGAAAGCUGAGGUCCUGCAGAUGACGGUAGAUCACUUGAAAAUGCUCCACGCCACUGGAGGCACAGGAUUCUUUGAUGCUCGAGCCCUGGCGGUCGACUUCCGGAGCAUCGGUUUUCGAGAGUGCCUCACUGAGGUCAUCAGGUACCUGGGGGUCCUGGAAGGACCCAGCAGCCGUGCAGACCCCGUGCGGAUCCGCCUUCUCUCCCACCUCAACAGCUACGCAGCCGAGAUGGAGCCUUCACCCACGCCUCCCGGCCCCCUGGCCUUCCCUGCCUGGCCCUGGUCCUUCUUCCACAGCUGUCCAGGGCUCUCUGCUCCGAGCAACCAGCUCGCCAUCCUAGGAAGAGUGCCUGGCCCCAUGCUUCCCAAUGCCUCCUCUCUGGCUUACCCCAUCCCGGCCCUCCGAGCAGCCCCCUUGCGCAGAGCUGCUGGCACCAUCCUGCCAGCCCGGAGGAAUUUGCUGCCCAGUCGAGGGGCAUCUUCUACCCGGAGGGCGCGCCCCCUGGAAAGGCCAGCUGCCCCCCUGCCUGCGGCCCCCAGUGGCAGGGCCGCCAGGAGCAGCCACAUGGCACCCCUCCUUCGGUCUCCUUCCCCUGCCUCCCCUGGCAUGGUGGGGUCUCCUGCUUAUGUGGCUGUUCCUGCCCCCAGGCCCUCUUCCCCGGGGCUAGCUGGGAGGCCAGCAGGAGCUAUGCUUUGCCGCUCCUGGGUCUCCGAGAUCACUGAAGUUGGGGCUUUCUGAGCUGGCUUUGCCCCCAGGAAGGAGGAGAGUUCUUUUUCUAGGAGUUCUAAAAAUGGCAUUGCCUUUUCUGCUCUGCUUCCUGGACUGGUUAUGUAUGAAGGUAUCUUCACCCAUCCAAGGAACCCUCCUCCUUUGGCCCAUCUCCCCUCCUCACUGCUUGUUCCAGCUUCUCCUGGAGCUGUUCUGAUCUCAGAGUCUGGGUCUCAUUUCUUCCCUGGACAGAGGAGUCCCAGGAGCGUCCCCCAAGAACUGUGCCCAGACCCCUUUUCUGCCUGAGAACACAUGGGGCAGUAGGCAUUAAUCUCAGGUCUGGGAACAACGCUUUAAAAGGCCCAAUGACCUAAGGCGUGCUGCUUCCCCAGAGAUCAGACCCCAGCCUGUCGCAGUGACUGCCUGGCUGCAGCCUUCCCAGGCCCCUGGGCCGGAACAUAGUGUCUAUUUCACUUCCUGAGAUAGAAACCGCACAGGGGCCACUGAGGUCUCCUGGGAACCCUGUCUGUCCCAGCCCACCUAUCUCCCCCAUCCCAGUGAACCCCAGAACAGACCUGCUGUCCACCACGGCCAACACUGGGGACUGGGAGCCCAGCAGGGCCGGCGCCUAUGCUCUUCCCAGCUGCUGACACCCACCCUCUAGGUGACCACAGUUCCCUGCACACAGCUGGGAGGUCUCUGGGCUCCGUGACUGGGUGUCCUCACCCCCAGGCCUGGCUGGUGCCCCUAGACAGGAGCCAGGCUUGUGCAGCAGAGAACCCGGCUCCCUACCUCCCGCAUGUCACCUCCUCCGGGCCUGUGGCCCCGUCGGACACAUAGCACAGCAGCCGCGUUCCCACGUGACGGCGCCCAGAGAGGAAUCCUCUUGGGAAUCAGCACCAGACGUUUGUGCUGCCUGGUCUGCAUCCGGCUCACGGAGCCCAGACGGCUGGGAUCGCCAAGGGCUGUCAGGCUGGACAAAAAUAGCUGUGAGGAGGGCCGAGAGGAAGGACAGUGAGAGGCGGCUCGGCCCUUCAAGGUCGCGCAGUGGGUCGAGGGCCUGGGAUCCUCUUCACCUGGGAUUCCACGCGGCUGGCUGGCUUUGCCCAAAGGCCCUUGGGUUCCCCAGUUCCCACCCGCCACUUUCCCUCUAACGGGACAAAUGGCCCAGAGACCACCCCCCCCCACCCCCGCCGCAUUGGGACAGCAGAAACCGAACAAGAUGGGGAGGGCCAGAGCUGACACACCGCCCGCCCAGCGCUGCCAGAUGAUUGUUAAAAUGAAGAAGCACUUCUGUGCCUAUUGACAAGUAUCUGCUUUCCCCAACUGCCUCCGGGUGCCUCCACCACGUGGCUUUUGCCCAGGACCCCAGGCUGAUUAAGGCCUGGCUGCCCCAAGGCCUCAGGGCCCUCCCGCUGGCAAGUCGUUGGUGCUGACUGUGCGGUUACCAAUUGCUUCUAAUGUCACCCCUGGAAGAGCCUCCCACCCCUACCCUGUGAUGGAACUACCCUCCCCAGAAGCUGAGUUUGAGAAGACUGCAAGGGCUUGAAAAGUAGAGUUUGCAAAAGCCCUGGGGAGAAAGGGCCCUUUCAGACAAAUGGGUAGAAGAGCAGAGAUCAUUUAAAUGACCCAGAAAGCUCUUUUGAGAAGGCGAAUUCCUCAAGGAGGGAUAAAGAACGAAAGGGAUUCUUUUACGCCUCAGUGUGAGGUGGUUGGAUCAGAUUCUGCGGUCUUCCACCUCUUUCUGCGUGGAGAGAGACGUCAUUUCAGGGAGUGGGUCCCUGGCCAAGGUUGCUGCUGAGGGACACAGAGACGGAGUGGGGCUGCCAGCGGGUUCCGGGGGGUUGGGAGGGGGCACAGAGGGUGGUGGUGGAAGGCAAAGACCAACUUCACCUUUGUUACAAGGGGCAGGCCCCUCCUCCACCCUCCCCUCUUCCCUGCUCCCCGGACAUCAGGUCAGUGCUCCAAUUCUGCAGUUUGACCACCUCCUAGCCAAGAAUCCAACAUCUCAUGGCAGGACAGUGGGAAAUGUUUUUCACGUUUCAAAUACCCUGUUUCAGAAGAAUCAGUUGACACCGUUGAAUGAGGUAGGAAUGACCCAGAACCUUAGCGUCUUAGUUGCUCUUGGGUUCAUUCUCCCUGAGAGAUUGUGGGGGAAACGGUGACUCUGUGUUGGUUUCCAUGGCUGAGGGCACAUGUAUCUUUGUUUAUAUUCCCAAACCUUUCUGGUGCCCCUGACU